GGACGCCGCAACGGCUCAGGGGCAGACGCUUUGCCCCUGCUGCUGCAACACCGGCGCUGCAUGCUCCACGCCUUCAGCCUCGCCCUCGCGUGCCCGCGACCAUUCUGGCGUUCUGGGGUCGCCAGAUCGCGGCCGUGAGCUGCAGCCGUCAGGGGAACGUGGGUGUUGGCCCCGAUCGCGGUCUGCGGAGCGGGAUGCGGCUGGUAAUGGCGAGCAGGUGGAUGCGGUUGUGGAGGCACUCAGGAAGCAGCUUGCCAGGAGCCAAGCCGAGCUGCGCGGCGUGCAAGAGCGGCUUGCGGUGGUGGAGGCGCGCGCUGCGGUGGCGCAAGAGACAGCCGGAAAAGGAGCGGUGCACCUGGAGGCUGCUAACCGCAACAUGGUUGGAUCCACGCUGGAGAUCCAGCGGCUGCAGCAGGAGCUCGAGAGCUCCCGCGCGACGGCCACACGGCUCAACGGAAAGAUCAACGACCUCGUACUUGCUGAGCAGCUAGCCCGCGCUGAGGUGGAGGCCGCCAAGUCCAAGCUCGGUCGACUGCAGGAGCUGCACUCGAGCGAGGUAGCUGCGCUGCAACAGCGCAUGCGUUGCGUCGUGGAGCACCUGGCAGCCACGCAACCCGAGGUUCUGCCCGUCUUGUUGGGCCCUGAAUACAUGGCUGGCCUGCCCGCGCCAGCGCACCAAGUCCGGGUCCCUUCUCAAAGCAUGGACGGACCCCAUGCGCCAAACGGCAUCGUGCCGUGCGGGGGAGAUCCUGGGCUUGCUGCGCCCCUGGAGGCCGCUGGUCAUGGCUCCGUACUGAACCGUGAAAGGGAGCUGGAGAAGGCCCUAGAUGCGGCUGAGACCUCCAUGUCCGUGUUACAAAGCCGACUGCUGGCCGCACUCAAGGCAGCUGCGGAUGCGGGCGAGGAAGCCGCUCGUGUGCGCCGUGAGGCGGAGUGGGAGCGGGAACGGCUGGAAGCGGAGGUUCGCACCGCCCGGGAGGAGGGCUCCCUCCGUAUCCGUACCCUUGAGGAGUCGGUUGCUCGGCUGGGCGCCCGGGGCGGGGAGGCCUCACAGGCCAUGGCGCGCUGUGUGACGGAGCUGGACGGCGCAGUACGACGGGAGCACCGCAUGCGGUCCGAGCUUGCGUUGGCGCAGCAGGCGGCUCAGAGGGCCAACACGCAGGCGGCUGAGCUCAGGUUGCAGUUGCGGGACUGCGAGCAGGCGUUACGGGAGGCUCAAGUGUACGGCGGUCUCUUGGCGUUCCUGCAUGAGGUUGCGACAGCUGGUACGGACGAGGCCGCAAACGCUUCAUCCGGAGCGGCUGCUGCUGCCGCUGCUACAGCAACCUCACAGGCUUCCGGUGCAGCCAGACCGUCGCCAAGAGGGGCCAGCACGCCGGGCGCAGCAGCGGGGGCGAACGCGCCGUUCCCUGGGCGGCCGCCAACCGUGCCGGGCCCUCGUCCCAACACCCCCGCUGGAGGUGCUGCUGAAGCGAGCGCCGGCGGCGCAGGUGCGGCGGUUCGCUUCCAUGUCAUUGACGCGCAACUGGAAGCCAAGCUACGGCAGCAAGCGGAGCAGCUGGCGAGACGGCAGCAGGUCAUUGCAAGGCUGGUGGACAUCGCGGAGCAAGCGCAAGCGGAGGCGGCGGCUACCCAGGCCGAACUUCACGCAUUGCAACAGGCGAUGCCAGAUCCAAACCAGCCGCUGCAGCAUCAGUACGCGGAGCUCCAGCAUCGCCUGGGUGCCACUGAAGCUGAGCUGCGCACAUGCAGGGAUGCAAAGUCGGCAUGUGAGCUCGAGGUCGCCCGUGUCGCUCAGCAACUGGCGGAGCGGUCAAAGGAGCUUGACACGGCAACCGAGCGGCUAGCCGCCUGCGAGAGGGACAUCGCAGCCAAGGAAGACGCUGCUGCUCGAAAGGCUGUCGAGGUGCGAGGUGCGAUGAGCAAGGAGGUGGCGCUGUUGAGCCGUCGCUGCGCUGAGACACAGCGGGCAGCGGACGAGGCGGAGGCAAAGGCGCGCGAGCUCGACACGCAACUUGGCAGCCUGCGAACCGAGCUUGCCCAAGCGCGGGCCGAGCUAGAUGCCCAGACAGGCGAGCUACGUCAGGUCAGGCUGAAGUCCAAAGAGGAGAAGCGAGCGAUUGAGGACGCACUUCGCCAGGCCAAACGGUCCGCGGAUGUUGCGAAGCAGGAGGCAGAGGAGCGGCGCUCUCAGUUGGCGGUGCUCAUGGAAACAAUCGAAGUGCUGCAGGCCGGCAAUCCAGGAGAGCGCGAGCAACGCAUCGUGUCGCUUACGGCUCAGCUCUCAGCAGCAACAAGCCGGGAGAGUUCAGCGGAGCAGCGCGCGCAAGGACUUCUGGCUGAUGCCGAGGCGAGCACCUUCCGCGCCCAGCAGCUUGAGUCAGAGGUCUCGGAGCUGAAGCAGCAGGUGGCCCGACUGGAGCAGCAGCUGGCAACCUGCGUGUCCAACCGCAUGAUGCUCGAGGGGGAGCUGGCGGCCGUGCGGUCCGACGUCAGGAGCAGGGACGCCGCUGCCUUGCGGGCCGCCCGGGAGCUGGACGACCGCGAGCAGCGGCUGGCCUCCUUUGAGGGCGAGGUGGAGGCGCUGCGGCGUGUGUUGAACGAGAGCCAGGGGCGCCAUGCUGACCUACUGGCCAGGGAGCGUGAGGAGUCGGCGACUGCGGUGCGUCAAGCCCGAGCCGAGAGCAGCAAGGCAGCAGCUGCGGCGUCUCAAGCUGCCCGCCUGGACCGGUUCCAGGCCUCCCUUGACGAGCUGGUUGCAUGGAUCGAGGCACGCGCCCAGCAGCAGCCUCCGGCGCCUGCUGACUGUGCUGCUGGGGGCGCACCUCCGGCCGCUGUGAAUCAGGCCAUGGGCGCCCUGAUCCCCACUGGAAGCUGGCUCAUUGCCACCCUAGAGCGUCUGAAGGGGCUUGCAUUGGAGUCGGAGCGGGAGUACUUGGCUGCAGGUGCGGAGGCCCGCACGUACCGCAUCGAGAGCCGCUGGGCCUGGGCGCGCGUGCAGAGGCUGCAGAUUGCCUUGGAGCAGCGGACCAGCGAGUGGCAGGUGGCCGAGGCUCGUGUGCAGCAGCUGGAGCGGACCGUGGCUCGGCGCAGCGAGGAAGCCGCCAUCCAUGCUUUGGAGCAGGUUGCACUGCAGGAUAAGCAGCUGUCUGCACUGCAGGAGCGACUGCAGGCGACAACGACCAAGUUGGUGGUAGCUACGUCGCAGGCCGCUGGGGCGGAGGCCUCCCUGACCGCUGCGCGUGCCACGCUAGCAGCGCUGCAGCGGCAGCUGGCGGUGGCAGCAGCGGAGCGGAGAGAGCUCCUGGCGCGACUGGCCGCAGCGGACAUGGAGACAGCGGGCUCCUCAGAGGUGCUGCACCUGGGUGCGGAGGCCGCGUUGGCGCAGCGCGACGUGUCCAUCCGGCAGUACCUGGACGAGCAGCUGGCCACCCUGGUCGCCAAGCCGGAUGUGCGGGACAAGGUCAUGACGCUGGCUCGGGAGGUGUGCGCCCUCAAGUUGUCGGAGUCUCAGCUGCAGGCGGCGCUGGCUGCCUCCAGGCACCGCGGUGACGCGGCUGCCCAGCUGAUUGCCUCGCUCACUGCAGCGCUGCGGGCAUCUGAAGAGGUGGCAGAGCGGGUGGUGUCGGGGGCUGCUUCAGACGGCGGCGCAAGUGGUGAUGUCCCGGCCCCGCAGCCCCUUGCGAAUGGUGGAGCUGGGAGCUUGGCGGUUGAGGUGGCACAACUGUCGGCGCAGCUUGUCGCGCAAUCGCAUGAGGUGUUCCGGUUGCAGGAGGCAGCACUGCGUUCUAAGCAGGCUUACGAACGACGCGAGACCGACUUGCAAGAGCUGCAGGCUCAGGUGGCGGCGUCAGAGUUGCUCUUGUCCCACGUCAAGGCUGAAAACUCCGCUGCUCUGCUGGCGCUCAAGGAGCAGCUUGGGGAGGCGCAUGAGCAGGACCGACAGCUGCUGAUGCGGGAGAUUCGGGAGUUGCAAGCUCGCCUCGCUGCAACACGGGACCUGGCGUCCAGAGAUGUGGAGCUUGCAGAGCAGCGCGUCAACGAGAUUUCAACGGCUGCCAACGCCGAGAUCGAGAAGAGGGUUUCAGCUGCCACGGCCGGCCAGGUGGAUGCCGCCCAGCUGCACGAGGUGGAGACGCGGGCAGUGCUGGCGGAACGCAAGGUCUCCCAUUUGGAGACGCAGCUGGAAGCACUGCAGGCAGCCCUGACGGCCUCCCAGGCCCAGAUUGCGGACCUUGAAGACGUGCGGGACGUGACUGGGGCAGCGGUGGCGUCGCUGGAGGCCACACUCGCGCGCAUUGAGAAGGCAGCGGCCUCGGGGGCGGCUGGCGGUGCCAGCCGUGCAAGCGGCGCGUCCUCUAGUGCAUCGCGCAGGACGGUGUCUAUGGGGGGCCAACCCGGAGAGGACGGCGGCCAGUCAGGCGGGCAGCAUGUGCAGGGUCUUGCUUCGCUGUCUCGCGAGCUCGUGCGGGCGAAGAUGUCGGAGGCGGAGGCGGUGCGCAAGAUGCGCGCUGCCGCGAGGAGCGAGGUGGACCUCCGGCAGACGCUGCUGCAGCGCGACGAGCGCAUCUCGGAGCUCAAAGAGGAGCUGGCGGCCCGGACGCGCGCCCUGGAGGAGCUGCGCCGCCGGGCCUACCCGCAGGAGCAGGCGGUCAGGGGGCUACCCAGCGCGGCAGGCUGCGGACCGAGCCCGAGGCCAGCCCUGCGCAGCCGCUCACCUUCACCUGUCAGGGCCGGGCCAAGUGGUUCCGGCGGAGCGCGUCCCGGGACUGCCCCGGCCCCCGCGCCCGCAGCCCUGUCGCGGCGACCCUCCGCCGGCCCCUCUCCUGCCGAGCUGCGUGCGCUGGCGGACGCUGCUGAUGUGGAGCACUUGUCGGGGCAGGUUGCGAAGCUGCGGGUGGAACUAGCGAAGAAGCAGGCGGAGGUGGAGCGGCUGCAGGGUGCCCUAGCCGAAGCCAACGCUGCGGCUGCUGUGCGGACAGAAGCCCCUCGACCGCCCCCCGCUGCUGCCGCCAAGCCCAGCGGACAACCAAGCAACGCGGCCAUGGACCGCCUGAAGGAUCAACUCGCUUCGGCCAACGCCGAGAUCGCCACCGCGAUCAGCACCGCCAACUCGCUGCUGAGCCGCCUCAGCCAGUUCGUCCCGGAGGCCGGCGGAUCCGUCGCUGCAGUCGGGGCGGCGGCGCCCAAGCGGGCCGGCAGUCCGGCCAGACCGCCAUCCGCGGCCGCUGCGAUGGGCACAGCUGCGUUGGGAAUCGUGCCGCAGGACGGGCAGCUGGCGCCGGGGACGCUGGCCGGGGUGAUGCAGCAGCUGGCGCAUGCGCUGCAGACGGCGCUACAUGAAGCCAAGUCAAGGACGAAAGCGGUGGCUGCUGUGCCGGCAGUUGCACAAACCACAGGACCCAGCAGGUCGUCCGAAGCGCGUAGCAGCGACGGCGGCUCUUCGGCUCCCACCUCGUCUGCCAACGAGGACGAGGCAGGCCACAACCCCCGGCAGCAGCCCCACGCGUCCGACCUCCUCCUCCUCCUUGACGAGCUCAGCCGGCUCAAGCAGGACUACGCCGCGCUGGAGCGCCAACGCGACGAGGUGCUGUCCCGCUGCAGCCGCUCCGAGGGCGAGGUGCAGCGGUGCCGUUCGCUUGUGCAGGAGCUGCUUCGGUCGGCUGCGGAGGGGUCUGCUUGUGCUGCUGCCGGUGCACCGGAGGAGCGAGGAGGGCAGGUGUCCAAGCUGCAGGGCGCCACGCAGGUUGCCAAACUGCUCGAGCACAGCGUCGCCGCGCUGCACCAGCUCUGCGACUCUGUGCAGGCAGCUGUGGACCCGGCCUCGGGCGCUGCGGGCGCCAGCGGCAGCAUGCAGCAGGCGGUGGCUGGCCUCAGCUCGGAGCUGGCGACCCUGGACACGACGGUUGGCGUCCUCAAGAUGCAGCUCUCCAAGGCAGUUCAGGACUUGUCUGUGUACGCGCUCGGCCCCGACUUGGCAAGCCCCUCCACGGCUCAGCAGGCCCAUGCAAGCCAACCGCGCCCCGAAGGUCUCCGUGCUGGCGGCGACCAAACGGGCGGAAGUGGCGCCUCUGCAAGCCGCGACGCUCGUGGUCAGGCAGAGGCAACCGGCAGCAGCAGGAGCGCUGACAGCAGCGUGGGCCAGCGGCAAGGGCAGGAGGAGGCAGCCCGCCCGACCGAUCAUGCGGCAGCCCUCGCUGUGGCCCGGGCCCACGCGGCCACGCUGGCAACUGCGACUGCCCAGCAGAAGGCGCGCGCCGAGAAGUGGAAGCGGCGCAGCAAGGAGCUGGGGGCGCAGUUGUCGCUGCUGAACGCGUCAACGGCGGCACGCGAGGCGGCGGUUUCGGAGCGGCUGGUGGCUUCGGGGCUUCACAUUGAGGAGGAACUCCGGAAAUGCAAGGCUGAAGCAGCAAGGUUGCAGGCGGCGCUUUCAGGAGCCGAGGCAGCCCGUCGGGAGCUAGAGGCGGUUCAGAGCAGCGGGAGCAGCGAGGCACGAGCCAACAACGCCCGCGCGGCGGAGGCGCUGGCGAGGGCAGCGACGCUGCAGCGGCAGCUGGAGACGGAGCGGGCGCAGGCGGCUGCUGCAGCCGCGUCACAUCAGGAGGAGGUUGCGGCGCUCAAGGCUGCCGUGGCUCAGGAGAAGGGGGAGCGGGCUCGGCUGCUGGUGUCGUUGCGGGAGAGCCACAGUCAGGCGCAGCAGGCGGGUGACACCGAAGCUCGACUUCGCAACGAUAUGCUGGAGGCCCACUCCGCGGCGGCAGCAGCCCGAGCGACAGCAGAGCGAGCCGAGGAGCGGGCGCUGGCAUGGCGUGAGGAGGCUAACACGCUUCGUCAGCGGCUACAGCAAAUGGAGCAGGCGCGUGCACAGCUGCUAGAGAGCUUGGAGUCCCUGGAGUCUCGUCUGGAAGGGGUGGAGCGACGAGCCGCCGAGUCGGGGGAGGCGGCGGCUGCGCGGAUUGAGGAGCUGGCCGCCAAGCUGGCGGAGGCGCAGGCGGAGUCCGCUGCGGCGCCUGCCCGGGCGGAGGCGAGACUGCGGGAGCUGGAGG